UGGUAUUGACAUGUUGAGUGCGUCGUGAGAUGGCGAGGAUGGCAUGUCCCUGUCCCGAUGUAUAUGUCAAGUAUGAGCUAAAAGGUAUAGUAACGGUGAGCUACUUUUAUUCGUAAGCAACAUACAGUUACAGCUUUAUUCACAUUGACCAUGUGCCUCAACUCUCAACGUUCUCAUUUGCAUGGGAUGGGAAUAUGCAAUAUAAGCGUAACAUAACAACCUUAUUACUUGUUCAUAUCCAUUCCUCUGGAAUCAUGGCAACUUCUUCAAGACAUGCACUGAUUCUGGUCUUCGUAAUUUGUGUUGCUUGUUUUGCAGAAGAACGAUCGUUAUACUUGGUGUUAUUGGAAGGAGAGCCAGUUGCAUUUCAUGAUCCCAGAAAACUUGAACUGAACAGUGAAAUUUCACAAGCUCAUGCAAAGCGCUUGGAUUCACAUGACCAGCUUCUGCAAAGAACCCUAGAAAUUGGAAGCUACAGUAAGCUCUACAGCUUCAAACACAUUGUUAAUGGCUUUGCAGUUCAUGUCACUCCUUCUCAGGCUGAAAAACUCAAAGAUGCUCCUGGAGUAAAGAUGGUGGAAAGAGAUAGAGGAGCCAAACUAAUGACUACAUACACUCCUCAUUUCCUAGGGUUACCUCAAGGAGUAUGGACACAAGAAGGCGGAGCCAAAAAUGCAGGCGAAGGGAUAGUUAUUGGUUUUGUAGACACAGGCAUCGAUCCAUUACAUCCAAGUUUUGCGAAUGAUCCCCUCAAUCCUUUUACGUCAAAUAUUUCUCAUUUUUCUGGUGCUUGUGAGACGGGUCCUAGAUUCCCACCUAGUUCUUGCAAUGGGAAGAUAGUAUCAGCUAGGUUCUUCUCAGCUGGUGCCCAAGCAGUAGCUACUCUCACUCCUAUGGAUUUUCUCUCUCCCAUAGACGCCGUUGGACAUGGCAGUCAUGUGGCUUCUACUGCUGCUGGCAAUGCUGGGGUACCAGUGGUGACGAAUGGCUUUUACUACGGAAAAGCUAGUGGGAUGGCCCCACGUGCACGAAUUGCUGUUUACAAGGCUGUGUAUCCAACAGUGGGAACCAUAACAGAUGUGGUUGCAGCAAUGGACCAAGCAGUAAUGGAUGGAGUGGACAUAUUAACGCUCUCUGUUGGACCAGAUGAACCACCAGAAGAUACUCUAACAUUCUUAAGCGUGUUUGAUGUAUUUAUGUUGCUUGCCCAACGCGCUGGAGUUUUCGUCGUGCAGGCUGCUGGUAACAAUGGGCCUGCUCCUUCAACCGUUGUGUCUUACAGCCCUUGGGCUGUUGGAGUAGCUGCCUGUAGCACAGACAGAAACUUCCGUGGUUCACUUCUUCUUGGAAAUGGUCAAAAAGUUGGAGGUGUUGGUUUGUCGGCACCAACUUUUGGAGGUGGGCUUUUUCUGCAUAAGCUGGUGUUGGCUCAGGAUGCAGUCAAGGCAAAUGGAACGUUCCCAAGGACUCCACAGUGCGUUGAAGAAUGCCAAUGUACAGAAUCAUUGGACCCCAAUGUAGUGCGUGGAAGCAUUGUUAUCUGCACUUUCUCAGCUGGCUUCUCUAAUGACACAUCCACCAUAACUGCCAUAACUAACACAGCAAGAACUUUAGGAUUUAAGGGUUUUGCUCUAGUUGCAAACCCAACCUAUGGCGAUUUCAUAGCAGAACCUGUUCCUUUUGCAGUUUCAGGAAUUAUGAUUCCCAAAGUUGCUGAUGCACAGAUUAUAUCACGCUACUACGAGCAACAAAUUCGCAGGAAUGAGAGAGGUUUUGUGACUGACUUUCGCGCACGGGCAGCUAUAGGAGAGGGUAGAGUUGCAAGUUUUGGGGGUAGAGCUCCUAUUGUGAGUAGAUUCUCUUCCAGGGGGCCAGAUAUUAUUGACAUUAACAAGCAUCUCGCUGAUGUGCUGAAGCCAGAUAUUGUUGCCCCAGGACACCAAAUAUGGGCAGCCUGGAGCCCUCUCAGUGCCUUGGAUCCACUACUAACAGGGAACACUUUUGCACUGCUCUCGGGUACAAGCAUGGCAACACCUCAUGUAGUGGGAAUAGCAGCACUCAUCAAGCAACUCAAUCCUUCAUGGACUCCAUCGUCGAUUUCAUCAGCUCUCUCCACCACUGCCACUAAGUAUGAUAAUUAUGGAGAACUCAUACUCUCAGAAGGAUAUGAUAUUGACAGCUUCUACCCCUCCACUCAUUUUGACGUCGGUGCUGGUCUUGUGAAUCCAACUCGCGCCAUCGAUCCAGGCCUGGUCUUUAUAUCAGAAUUUGACGACUACAUAAGCUUUUUGUGCUCGUUGCCUAACAUCAGUCCCACUACAAUCAAAAUUGUUACUGGAGAAACGUGCAGAAAACCUCUUAGCCACCCCGCCAACCUGAACCUCCCUUCAGUUACAAUAUCAGCACUAAGAGGAUCGCUGAGAGUGCAAAGGAGUGUGAAGAAUGUAGGUAGCAAGCCAGAGAUAUAUCUAUGCUCAGUGAUAUCACCUAAUGGGACUAUGGUUAACCCGUCUCCAACCUGGUUUGCAAUAGCUCCACAAGGAACUCAGAACAUAGACAUUCAAUUUCGGGUGACCCAGGCAGGGGAUGUGUUCAGCUUUGGUGAAAUUGUUCUGACUGGAAGUUUAAACCAUAUUGUUAGAAUCCCAUUAUCGGUUUUGCCAGUUUCUAUAUCCUAAAUUUUAAUUGAUUCGACCAAAAUAUUGACAAUACUUGAGGAUCAUCAAGUAGAAAAGCUCUUCGACAUCAAUCAAAAAGCUCUAUAACAUGUCCGAUGUAACCAAGGAAUUGUGCAGUCUAUGAGAAAAAGGAAAUCCUG